CGCCUGCGCGGCAGCCUACAAUAUUUAUCGCGGAGUGACCGGAGAAGCGCACGGGUGGGCAGGACAGCCACAAACGGAUACAGUUUUCUUUCUUUACAGGGAAAGUGCAAACACAUUUCCCACGGAGUCAGGGCGAUGGAGAAAGGUGCGAACCAGUGUUAACGAUAGCAGGUCAGAGUCUAACGCGGAAGGCAUCGUUCCGACCGUGAACACACACCUGCGCUGCCUAAAGGUUUUCUGCAGUGCACAGGGCAGCAUCGGGCAAAUGACAGAGGCAAACGCAUCGCCGGAGCGUUUUUUUCCGGGGGCAUCGCGAUCACUGGGAAGGAAUGCAUAGUUGCCGGAGAAACCGAGGUUGAAAGGCGUUCUACUGUUCCUCCCGACUGACUACGCGCAAAUCACAGCUCUGAUGAUUGAAAUAUGGAGAAACAGGCUCUCGUAACGGCGGUCAGCUUGUCCAUGAGCAUUUUGUCGUUAUUGCUGCUCGUCACCGCUAUCUUCACUGACCACUGGUACCAGACGGACACCCGGAGGCACAAGGAGAAUUGUGACUUGUACGGGACGGAUUCCAACGGUCAGAAAAACAGGGAGAUGCCGAUCUACCACCUGCCGCUUGUGGACAACAACAAUCCUCGACGGAGUCUGGCUCUAAUGAAGCCGAUACACGUCGGGAGCCGGGAAGAGGAACUCCUGGAGAACUGGAGGUCAAUACUGGGGAUGGGGAUUUUGGAGACGGAGUGUGGACGUCCGCUGUUUUCAACCUAUUCGGGACUGUGGAGAAAAUGUUACUUCCUCGGCUUGGACGAGGAUAUUGAUAAACUCAUUUACAAGGGUAUUGCACAGAGAUGCACGACAGUGAAGUACCACUUCUCCCAGCCCAUACGGCUCAGGAACAUCCCCCUCAACCUGACCCGCACCAUCCAGCAGGACGAGUGGCACCUCCUGCAUCUGCGGCGGAUCACGGCGGGGUUUCUGGGAAUGGCGGCGGCGGUGCUGCUGUGCGGGUCCAUCGUGGCCACGGUCAGCUUCUUCUGGGAGGAGAACCUCACCCAGCACGUCUCCGGCCUGCUCUUCCUCAUGGCAGGGAUAUUCUGCACCAUCUCCCUCUGCACGUACGCGGCCAGCGUGUCGUACGACCUCUCGAGGAACCCGCCCUUCAUCUACGGGCUGCCCGGCGACGUGGACCACAGCUACAGCUGGUCCAUGUUCUGCGCCUGGGUGAGCCUGGGCCUGACGGUGGCGUCGGGCUGCCUGUGCACCACCUACCCCUUCCUGAGCCGCUCCAAAGCGCUGCAGUCCAAGACCGCGCCCGACUCGUCCGUCUGAGCCAAUCCGUUUCCCCCCCUCCGCUCCCAUUCGCCCACGGGGCCAGGAAGCUGCGCUGUGAUUGGUCAGUCUCCUGACGGUUUGACCCCCCCCCCCCCCCCUUCCCCCCGCAGCCUCUUCUCGCCGUGUUGCGCCGUCGCGGCAACGUGCCGGACUGGUGUAGUUCCUGUACAGUUCAUUAUCUUUAUGCAUUUAUUAUUCAAUAAGUAUACAUAGGUGUACAUGUAUAUAAGCACACAUACGUAUGUAUAUCUGCACAAAUACGGCCCUUCUUAUACAAAACAAAAACAAACAAAAAAAACAAGACAAAAAACAAAACAAAAUGGAGUAUGUGAAUAGUUGUGGCUGUUAGCUAUUCUGUCCGGGCCUGUAAGGAUCCUCUGGCCAAAUGCAGUGAUGCCUACUCAUCAGAACUGGGAAAAACAAACUUUUACAUUUCUUUAUUUCUCCUUUUACACGUGCUAGACCUAGCAUGAAAAGCACAGUCUCCCGGUGGAACCAUAGCUGUUGUGUGAACGAAUAAUCCUCCGUUUAAACAUGUCCGAACAAUGUCGUGGAACCAAGCGCCGUUUUCUGCUCUGAGGCGCACAUUUGCUCCAGCAGUCGUGCCCUGUGGAUCGUGGACGAGAGAGAACCCGAGAGAGAGGUGAGGGUUUGGUUGUACGAGGCCGGCUUUAAACCGAGAACACAGAGGCUUUUACGGGAAACGCCCGCUUGUGCUCGCUCACAAAGCCAAGCUGACGUACAGCGCUCAGCCCGUGGGACGGUUGUACAGUUUGACAGCGUGCGCAAGCAGAGAGGACCGCUCCAGGGCACAGAUACCGGGGAGAGCGGACACUGUGAAUGUCUUCGCUCAACGACGGACGCUGGAUGUCAUUAUAACGGGAGCGACAGGCCUGCGAACCGCACAUUAUUUUCGGUAUUUCCGAGACUCGCUGGCUCAGCGAGUUUCCGCAAAGGUUGAAGCGACCGCUAGAACUAUGCUUUCCAGCGCCCCCCCCACCCCUGACAAUCUAGUGACGAGGACAUGAGGUGCUGAUUCUGUCAAAAGUCUGUCCAGAACUGGGCCGAGUUCGAUUCCACUUUCACACGUUCCCUUCCCCUGCGGUCUGAGGUAUUUCCAGACUAAAUUUGUGAGAAACAGCAAGCUGACUUAACAGCUGCUCUGCAAAGGAGAAUAGGCUGGUUUAAUGUUGGGACCGCUCAUAAAUUUCGUUUGUACAAAAAAAUACGAAGAAAAUUGGCGAAUGCGGAAAGUUCUCUUAAAUCCGUCAUAUGAGCGUUUUAAGAACAAAUCUGUUCGUACGAGUGGUUCUUGCAUGAGGCCCAUUGUUGUUCAAACAGCUGGACACGCCCCUCGCCACUAAACUCCUCGACAGUGUUGAUCUACUGGGGGGGGGGUUAUAUUAUGUUCGACACCCCUAGGCGCUGUUCUCCACAGACUUCUGAACGAAUCGGCGCCUCGUACGGGGACGUGAGGGCGACGGCGGGAACCUGGCAGGAAGAUGGCGGCAGUUCCUCGAUGGCGCCGUGUCUGUGAGCCAGAGCUGGGAGCCUCACUGCGCUUGUGUUCUGGUCCUUAAACGUGUACAAAAAAAAAUAAACAAACAAACCUGA